UGUAUUUAAUAAUUGUGAAUUGAGUUUAAUUUAUACUUAAAAUGGCUAUAAAUUCAGUGAGAGAUUUUGGAAAAGCUUGGUGGUCUGAGGUGUACAAUCGAAUAAUAGGAGCGGCCGUGUUCCUGGACGACUACAGUUCAGAAUGUUUACAUUGGGACGGAGGAUUGUUGAAUCUCAUAUACGGCGGAGCCGUUUCUGUGAAAAGCUUAUCGCCUUUCGAGUUUGCAACAAAAGACCAAAAGAAAGCAGUGUUCAUCACCCAAUCUGCCGGCACACAGCUCCGCACAGUCCGCGAGAUCAUCAAGCACAGCGACUUUGCUCAUUGCAUGCUGAUAUGCGCCGUCAGCCUAGACGUGAUUUAUCUGGAGUUGAACGAGGGGAAGGAUGUAAGUGAUGUGGUGGCGGCGGGGAAGGCCCCCACGGAGGCUACUAAGCAGUUGGAGGGGAUGCUCUUGGAAUGGAUUGGUAAAAAACAAUGUGCAGUAGAAGUGGUCCAUCUCCCGCUAUUCACAAUAUCACCAACAAAUGUAGUGUUCCUCACACCCCCAUACCACAAAGUGUAUCCAGCAUACAACGGUAAACUUACAACAGAGUCAACAUACGUAGACCUGUACACGCUAAGCAAAGAGGAGAGGGCGCAAGCGCGGAGGCUGGCUAGUGGACUAAACAGUAUUAUGGAGUCUAUGAAUUUGAAAGAGGAUGUGUACUACAUGGGAACUUUCAGCUCAUUGAUAGCUGGUGUGCUGGAAAAUUCGCCUGUUUGUUUGGCUCGGAGAAAGAAUUGCACAAAUCCCGCGUCUCUAAUCGUCAUAGAUCGAACCCUGGACGUAUGCGGAGUGACCAGUCACUCAAUGGAAUCUGUUCUCGACAAGAUUAUGACAGUACUGCCAAGGUUCCCGGGACACAGCAACGAUGUCGCGGUGGAUAUGUCACCGUUGUGUGAAGCUAAUGUUAUCUCGCAUCCUGAAGACCUGCAGCUCGCCCCCGGCUGCCUGUACCACGCCAACGACGACUCCUGCACCUCCACCUUUGACUACAUGAUCAACAAAAGCCAGAAGGAGGUCAUGUUCGACCUCUACAACAAGCUGUCCAAGAUAGACGUGCAGAGGUCGCCCAGUCCCAAGAUGCUCCUCAAGGUCACGCCGCAGAGCAUUGAGAAGAUGGUUACGGCCGCUAAAGGAAACUACGACAUAAUAGAGAAGCACAUCGGCGUGCUGCAACAAGCGUUAGGCGUGGUCCACACGCUGAAGUCCCCCAAGCGGUCACAGGUGGAACUGCUGCAGAACCUAGAGCGGCAGGUGCUGCAGAGCCUGGCCGCUAGCCGCGACUCCACCAGCGUGCUUCACCAGAUCAGCCACCUAAUUAAGACGAGAAAAGACCGCAACCUCCCCCUAGAGAGCCUGCUCGCGCUCAUAGUUCACGUGUAUUCCCUCACCGGCACCGAAGUGUCUUUCUCCAAGCAACACGAAGACAGCUUAACCGAGACGUUGAGCGUGGCCAUAUUCGAGGACCAUAAGACCGUGUUCGCUGACCACGGGCUGCGGGGCAGCCCCGAGCAUUGCGAUCACGUGUCCAAGGCGAUCAUGGGGAGGCUGAAGGAAAUUGCGACGAUGAGGAGGAAUUUGCAGAAGUACAACUCGGUUCUAAAGCCGUGCGAGACGGGUGGGGGUGACGAGUACCGCGGCGUGCUACAACAGCUGGUGGAAGACCUGGUGGAUACGGAGCGGCCGGAACUAACGGACCUGCGGCACAGGAACGAGGGACUCAAGGACUUGCUGCGGAGCGGACUUAACAUCCUAACGAGCAAGAAACCUCGCAGCACGAAGCAUCCGCUGGACUGCCCCACCGUGAUCAUCUUCGUCGUUGGUGGCAUUACGGCCGAGGAGUGCAAGCGUAUUCACAGGACCGUGAUCACGAGCGGCGUCGACACGGCCGUGUUCAUCGGUUCUACAAAAUUCGUCACUCCAGUGGAAGCUAUGAGAGACGUCCUCGCCUUAUAGCAGUAUUCACCUUUGAUGGCGCGCCAGAAAAGCGCUGUCAACGGCCCUUGCC